GUGCGGCGCGAGCUUUCGGUCGCCGCUGCCCGCUCACACUCGACAAGCAGUUAUUCGCCAUCGUAGACGGGCAGGCGUUGCAUGGACGAUGAACGUCGCAGUUGCGGGCGAGACGUAGGAAGAGGAUUAUCGUGAGGAUAGUCAUACGAGCAAUUGGAAGAGAGAGGCGGGUGAGAGAAUCCGUUUGUUGAGCGACGGCAGCGACGGCGGCGGCGGCGGCGAUGGCGACGGUGGCGACGAUAGCGGCUGGUGGCUGGUGGUGGCGGCAGUAGCGGCGCGGCGGCGGUAGCGCACCCACCACGCUGUUGCCGCGCGUACCCACGCGUACCGACGACGCUGGCGUCGCCACGCGGACGAUAGAAAUUUUACCUGCCUCACCUGCCUGCCUGCUUGCCUGCUUACCUGCUUUUAGUGUAGAAAGUUGAGCAAAAUGUCUUCUGUACAAGUGGAUCGUCCUCCAAAAGUGGGUCAAAACAACAAGAAGGAGAACGAAAAAUCUAGGAAAGUUUUCAACCUCUCACACAAGAAACACAACAAGCAUGAUGACAAUCGCUAUUUCAAGUUCAGCAAUAGAAAGCGACCUCAAAGUAGCUUCUGCAGCAAUGGAAAGUCCUUUCCUCCCUACAAACGUAGAAAGAAUAAAGACAUCAUCCCUCCCACGAAAUUUUUGCUUGGAGGCAACAUUUGUGAUCCCUUAAAUCUAAAUAGCAUGCAAGAUGAGGAAAUAAAUCGGGCUAUGAACGCAGUGACCCCAAAAUCAAGUCCACUUCCUACUCCAAAACAUAAAAAAGAAGUUAUCGAAGUGAUUAUUCCUCCAAAUAUUUGUGAUCCUUUGAAUUUGACAAAUUGCAACGACAAUGAAGAGUAUGAAAAGCAGCUCAUUUCGCCUACGAAGAGAAAUUCGAAACGAAGAAAUAGAAAGAGGAAGAGAGCUCUUUCUGGAUCUGGAAAAGAUGAAGAAAAGAUGAAUUAUGAAAAGACGGAUUCCAACGAAGCAAAAAAAUCGAGAGAAAUUGAAGGAAACUGCACAGUAGAUGAAUCUCCAAUAGAAAGACUUUCUGGUGAAAAAAUUAGUUUAGAAGAAGCGCCAAGUGGACAAAGUGAAAAUUGUCUAAAAGAAAAUAAGACAGAAAGUCCACAGAAAGAUAAAAAUAAAUUACGAUUAAAGGGUUUAGAAGAAAUAAAGGAUAAAAGAUUGAGAAAAAUUGAUGCAAAGGAUAAAAUAGUGAGCCCAGUGAUUCCACAGCCUGGCGCAUGGAAGCCCAGGCCCCAACAUAGGCCCAGCCAGGAUAAGAAAAAGAAGCAGCAACAUCCAAUGCCCAAUUUUAGGCCUAAAGAUGCUAGAUAUCAAUAUGGGAACUACAAUAGAUACUAUGGGUACAGAAAUCCUCAUCAUGAAGUAGAUCCUAGAUUAAAAGUGUUUGCACAGCGAAAGCAACUAUUCCUGCUGAAGGACAUUCUGGAUAUUGGAUGCAAUAUUGGCCAUAUUACUCUAUCAGUUGCCAGGGAUUUUGGUGCAAAGAGUGUUACCGGGAUUGAUAUUGAUAGAACUUUAAUAAAUAUCGCUCGGAAGAAUGUGAAACACUAUGUUAAUUGCGUGCAAAGUCCAGCGAGCAAUGAGGAUAAUGACAAGAGGGACUCUUCAGACGCUAGCUUCUUUCCCAUGUCGAUGCCAAUUAGUUAUGGGCCUGUAGAUAUCCCAGGAUUUACAAAAAAUAAACAACAUAAGGGAUUCCCAUAUAAUGUUACUUUUGUACAGGGUAAUUAUGUGCUUGAAAACGACUCACUUCUAUGCGCGGAACAGACGCAAUUCGACACAAUCUUAUGUUUAUCCAUCACCAAGUGGAUUCACUUAAAUUUUGGCGAUACCGGAUUAAAACAAGCUUUCAAGCGCAUGCAUGCGCAAUUACGCCCCGGUGGAGUUCUCGUACUGGAACCUCAGGGUUGGGCCAGUUAUACGAAGAAAAAGAAUCUCACGGAACGGAUUUAUAAAAAUUAUCACAGUAUUGAGUUCCGGCCGCAUAAUUUCACGCAGUAUCUUCUAUCUACCGUUGGCUUUUGCAAGUGCGAAGUUGUCUCUAUAUCGCCUCACCCCUCCAAAGGAUUCCAACGACCUAUACAUCUCUUCACCAAGGCUGGUGGCCCUCCUUCCACUAUUACCGAACGAGCCGACGAUAACGUUACGAGCGAUACGAGCGAUACGGUGCAGAAUCGCCAAGAGAGAAUGACGAGAAGAGAUCAGGAAGAGAUCCGCGACAUGGAGAGAAUGAAGUACGAGCAGGAAUUAUUUCCGAAAGAAAAUAUCAAUAGAGGCAAUAUGUCGGAGAUCAGUCAACACAGUGGAGAUUUGAAUCAAUAUGAACAACUGGCGAACGUUUACGCACCCAGUGCAACGCCGAGCUAUGAUACUCCAAGCCGCAAUAGCGAUAGUCAACCUUUGGAUAGUCAGCCUUCAGAAAUAUCGAGGAUAAAAGAAGAGAAAGAAGAAAAUUUAUAAAUGAUGGAACAAGGAAGGAAAAAAUUGGAAAAGAAAAGAAAAAGGAGAGGAAGAGGAAAAUAAGAAAAUUAAGAUUAAUAAAUUUAGAACAAGACUAGAACGGAAAGACGAGGAAAGUCGAGAAGAGGAGGAGCAAGAGAAAAAAGGAAAAAAAGAAGAAACGAAAAGAAAAAGAAGAAAAUUAAAGUAUUAAUAAAUUAAAGAAAGAAACGGCAUAUUUUCGCACAUCUAUAGCACGGGAAAUUGAAGUAAACUUGAAAUUAUAUACGUUCCUUAUAUUUCUUCUGAAAAAUUUAAGACGUUUUGCUUCCUCAUAGAGGAAGCUUUGUUUUUUCCCAUAAUUUAGUUGUAAAUUACUCUCACGUUUAACUUGAUUUUUAUCUUUUUCAAUAUUAUUAAUUUUUCGCCAAUUUGUUGCAAAGAUAAGAUUUAUGAUUUAUUCGCAAAAACAAAAAAUACCAAUUCAAGAAAUAUGUGACCAACGAAUGUUAAAAGAAAAAAAAGGAAUAACACUUGAAGAAUUAGCAUGCAUUAGAUUCAAUCACUUCAAUUUCUCUAUUUUAGAUAUUUUCUUUUCUUCUUUCUUUUUUUUCUUCUUUUUCUUCUUUUAUAGAUACAAAGAGAAAUUCAAUUGAUGUGUUAAGGGUGCAGCGCGCGCCUUCAUUAUGAAAAUUUCAUUCUUAGAAUUGAUAGUAACAAGGAUCGUUUUUAGCACCUGCAGCAUCUAAAACUAAUUCCUAUCAUCGGAAUUAUACCGGAUUCUAGCUAAAUUAUAUAAAGUAAAAAACUUGUAGAGGAUGUGAAGCAGCGAUGGUUGAAUCUAUAAAUUAUAAAAGGUUGUAAAUUUGUGUAAUACUAGAGUUAAAUUAGAUUAGUUUAGGUUACAUUUCAUUCGAUUCUUAUGAUAUAAAGUCUGUUUAUCUUAA